CUCCGUUGUUGUACAUUGAGGCUGGAUAGAUAGAUGGCUUAACUGCCGAACUAACCAAAUAACUGCCUGCUGCCAGUUUUGGCUGUCUGUGUUGGUCCAUUCGCAGAUGGAAAAGUCAAUUUUUCAUCUCGGCGCAGCGCGAAGGGUGUUUUUACUUUAAUCGAAAUUUUUUCCUCAUUAAUAACUUUUAAGUGCUCAACAACAAACACACAACGGUUAAACGGACCAUAACUAAAACAUUAAGGAAAACUGCAGGCCACAGUGAAAAUAGUGAAAACUUGAAAGAAAAAAAAUCAAUAAGAAAUUCAGUAAAUUCAAUAUAAAAAUUUGUUGUGUGUGUGAGUUGAGCUAACGUGCGUGUGUGUAUGUGCGUUUUCUUGCCGUUUUUGUAAUUCGGAAACGCGAUGCGAACGCGAGUAUGAAUUUCGUUUUACGCCUUUGGCUGCAGUCGAAAUCGACAAUUGGCAUCGACGCGUCAACGCAGACGCAGACGCAGACGGUAAUGGUGACGGUGACGGUACCGCCGACGACGAUAUCCACAAAAACAUACAAAUACCCAUGUUAAGCCAUAGCUGCUGCCAAGAUGCUGCCGAGAUGCGAAAGCGGCGCUGACACUCAACAAAGUAGUGUAGAAAAAAGUGCCAAAGUGUUGUCGACGAUUGUGUGUCGUGUGUGCCCACAAACACACAUGGAAAAUUUUAUUGGAAUUCGCAGCGUAGAAAAAUCUAUUAAGGGAGCGCGUUGAGCACCACCUAUUUACCUAAGCAGCAGAUUUUAGGAAAAGUUCAAAUGUGCUUAUAACCACUACAAGUAUAACGCAUUAACAUUGUAUUUAUGGAAAAUCGUUAAUCUCGACUAGAAUAAAGAUAAUGACAAACAAAAACAAUAAAACACGUUUUAAAAGAUAAAAGGAAACGAGCAACCAUUAUAACAAACACAUUGUCUUCCCAAUAAAAAUGAAAUGCACAAAUUAAUAACUCAUCUUACAUUCAUUUUGAAAACGAAACAAAAUUUACGAAGCAAUAAAACGAUAUCCAAAAACUACAACCUCCUUAAAUAACACCAGAAACUAAAAAUAAAAUUGAACUUAGUAUGAAAAAGUAAAACUUCAUUUAAAACUACACGUUAAUCAGCAAACCAAUCGGCGCACAAAAAUUAAAUAUAAAAAAAGAAAAAUUGUCGUUCAAAUAAAAAUUGCAUGCUAGCUAUAAAACAUUUCAACGCACUGGAGAGCGUGCAUUGCACUGCCAUUUGGUGGAGAUUUGGUUUUUAAUGCGGCCAGUGGCAACGGUGGCAGAGUGGCAGCGCGGCGGUACCAGAUGGCAGAUACCACAGACCCUCGAUAUCGUGGGCGGCUUUGUUGAGGCAUGUCGUAAUGGCCAGAGAGGAGUCUCGUGGCAAGAGACCCCUUAAAAUUUGGGAUAGUUGGCGAAAUGUGCGCAAAGGCGUAGUUGUUGGAACAUUCGAGGAGCUAUUAGUUAGAGGAAAGGAUAAAUUAGGGGUUCCUGCCUCAGAACCGGUGCGUGUUGUUCUGGAGUGCGAUGGAACCCAAAUCGAAGAUGGCGAAUAUUUUCGUACAUUGGCAAACAACACGGUGCUACUAUUGUUAAGGCAGGGCGAACGUUGGUACCCAACAGGUGUUGAUGUUAUAAAGGCUGCGAUAUCAGCUAUACCUAAGAUCGUCUGUGAGACGAUUCACGCGCUCGAAUUACACGAUGAGACGCCAUCUUGGAAGAUUAUGGAUAAUAAGGGUCGUGUUACGGUGGUCCUGCAUUGGGAUCAGCGUCAGGGAGGUGGAGGAGGAGGAGGCGGCGGCGGCGGCGGAGGAGGUGGUGGCGGUGGUGGAUGUGCCGGCGGCGUUGGUGGCAUGGGACCAAGUGGUAGCGGCGCCAGCGGCAAUAACGGACUCAUGUCAUCGGACAAGUACUCACCAUCGAAGAAAGGACUGUCGGCGCAAAGUUCGCUGGACACCAAAUCGGUGUCGUCACAAUCGUCACAGCAACGCUAUGCCAGCCCACAAAUAACCGUCAUCAGCGAUGAAGGUCCAGCGAGCAUAUACCAUCCGGGCGGUGUGGUGCUGCCACCCGGUGUGGUAAUACCAGGCACCAGUAGGCGCCUAUCCAAGCAGGGCGGCUCAUUUGAUAGCGCCGUCGGUGCGGUGCACGUGCAUACACCCGAAUGUGCGCACCAUGCGCACACGCCCAGUCGGGCGGGCAGUCCCAGCACCACGGAAUGCGAUUUUCAUUGUUGUGCGCUGCACGAGGAGGGGCGCAAAAUAGCCGUGCACAAAAGUGUGGCCACGUCGCCCAUACAAGACGGCACCACGAGUCCCCAGCCGCAGCAACAGCAGCAACAACAAGCGACGCUAUCAAUGUCAUCGGUUGUGGAUCCUAUGAUGGGCGGCAGCAUGCAGCGACGCUCAUCGGGCGUCAAGGGCCAUGUACGCUUUCUGGAUAUUGCGCCGGAGCGUGAUAGCUCCGAGAGUGAAACAGAGAAUACCGUCAUGGAGGACGAUAAGACGACGACUGAGAAAUUCCUGCUGCUCAUCGAUCAGCUGUCUGUCGAUCAGAAACGACAUCUCAGCAUCAAAGACAUCGGCAUCAUAUUGGAGCGACUCAAUUCGAAGAUACUCGACGUAGAGCGGCUGGAUCGAGAAUCGGAAUCGGACGAUUGCUACAAUUGGACGAUAAAGGCGACAAUACGAGGUGAUGCGCUGCGUGAGCUGGGCGUCAUCUAUAAUGGAAACUAUUACGCCAUAUCCGAGCAUCCCGGCUACAAGGAGGAAGUCGAAGAGAACGGCGAAGAGGUGGAGGAAGAAGACGAAGAGGAUAGAAUAUAGAAAUGCAAUUAAUUAAAUUACAAAAGAAAAAAUGAAAAAA